AUGAGUUCAACGCAACUAGCGCUCUUCUUAACUGUCGACUACCUAGACUGGCCAGGCGACACCUACCGCCUCAGCCUCGUCAAUAAAGCGCUGUACAGCCUAUUACAAGACCCCCUAUACAAACGACUCCUCCAGCCUGGUUCCAGCCGUCACAAUGGCACCUAUCUGCACUUUGCAGCGCACGAAAAUCACUUAUCUCUCCUACAGCGUCUCGUCCGUCGAGGGGGAAACCUCCAGAGACUGAACGACAUCAGUCGAAGUCCACUCCACUACGCUGUUGGCCGGAAACAUAAGGACAUCUGUCGCUGGAUAGCAGCGACGGAUCCAGCGACCCUUGAACAGCGGAACGGGCAGGGCGCAACCACGCUCCUGAUGGCUGCAAAAGCCCGCGAAUGGGAUCUGUGCCGAGUGCUGCUUGAGUGUGGGGCGGAUGUCAAUGCUGCUGGUCCCAGUCAUGGAUGGACGUGUCUGCAUUAUGCUGCGGGAGAAGGCACGCGAGAAAUGGUUGAGCUUAUUCUCAACCAUGGCGGGGAUCUGGGGGCAGUCACAAAAGGUGGAGGGACACCAUUACGCAUGGCUGUGCGGUGCAACAAUACAGACCUGAUCAAGGUAAUGGUUGAUUACGGGGCUGACAUACAUGCUGUGGACGACACGGGUACUAGUAUCGUCCACUGGGCGCUUGAGGAUGGAAAUCUGACGAAUGUGCAAUUGCUAGUGGAGCUGGGGGCAAGUGUGAGGGUGAAGGAUGCUCGGGGACACACGCCUCUCCACUGGGCUGCGCAGAGGGGCCAUGUCGACAUUUGUGAAUGGCUGUUGCGGUAUGGCGGUGCACAGGAGAAUGUCAAUGCGCAAUGUAAUGGGUUUCUCACGCCUUUGUAUUAUGCUGCGAAGGAGGGACAUAGAGAGGUCUGUCGUGUGCUGCAAAACCACGGAGGAGACUUUGGGGGUCUGUUCAUAAUGCGAUGA